CCCAAGUAUAUACACCUCUCCCUUUUUCUCUCUCUCUCUCUCUGCACCGCAUACCGAAUCCAUUAACACUUUUCUCUUUCUCAAACUCUCAACUUCCUUCGCCACCUUCCUAGGCUUCACAGUUACUUCACAGUCACACACACACACACACACACACACACACACAAACACAAACCAUUAAACACAAACACAAAAACAAACCGACCGAAUCAUACUCUCAACAACAACAACCACCUUUUUCUCGAACUCUUUGUUUGUGUUGUUUCAUUCGUUCCAUAUAAAACAAACAUCCUUAAAUUAAUUUUUUUUUCCUUAAACCAAGACAAAAAUUUUCAGACCCACAUGGAGAAAGAGCCUCUGCUUUCUUAUCUGAGCCCAAGAAAAAAAUAUCAAACAACACCACCGCCAGUAUUAGUUCCACUCCCAGAAAACGAUGAGAUCUCUAUCCCUUUAACACCUUCUGAGCUCAAAGACCGUCUCAUCUUUGGACCCUUUUCCUCUUCUCCACAAGAAGCUUCACCUUUAGUUGAUGCCUUGACCCUUUCUCUCAGUUCUCCAAGACCCUCUUCUUCUUCCGUUUCUAUAUUUGACCCUUCAACCCCACAAGCUCAUGACACGCCUCAAUCCCAACAAGCUUGGCUUCUUGACCCCAAUUGCCCAUGGACCAAAACAAAUCUUCACCGAUCCAAAACUGCACCGGCUAUGGCUGUUCUCAACGAUUUUACCCACCCUUCUGUGCCAAGACCUCAAUUUGGGUCCCAAUCUGUUGUGGGUCAAGCUUGUAUUCUUCUAAUUUUGUAUCUGUCAUUAGGGGUGGUUAUUUAUUGGUUUAAUAGGGACAAUUUCUCUUCUAAUGAGACACACCCUGUUGUGGAUGCUUUGUAUUUUUGUAUUGUCACAAUGUGUACCAUUGGUUAUGGUGACAUUACGCCCAAAACUACAACAACCAAGUUGUUCUCCAUAUUGUUUGUGUUGGUGGGGUUUGGUUUUAUUGAUAUAUUGCUGAGUGGGAUGGUCAGCUAUGUGCUUGAUUUGCAGGAGAAUUAUUUGUUGAGGACUAUGAAGAGUAAGGGUGGGAAAGAAGCCGGGAGGUCUUAUAUUGUUGAUGUGAAGAAAGGGAGGAUGAGGAUUAGGAUGAAGGUGGGAUUGGCAUUGGGGGUUGUGGUUCUCUGUAUUGGAAUUGGGGUGGCUGUAAUGCAUUUUGUGGAGAAGCUUGGGUGGGUGGAUUCGUUUUAUCUUUCAGUUAUGUCGGUUACCACAGUUGGGUACGGUGACCGGGCUUUUGAGUCCUUGACUGGUCGUAUUUUUGCUUCCAUUUGGUUGCUGUUUUCGACACUCGCGGUUGCUCGAGCAUUUUUGUACUUGGCCGAGGCAAGAGUUGAUAAGCGGCAUAGGAGGAUGGCAAAGUGGGUUCUUGGUCAGGACAUGACUGUCUCUGAGUUUCUUGCUGCUGACAUUGACAACAAUGGCUUUGUGAGUAAAUCAGAAUAUGUCAUAUACAAGCUCAAGGAGAUGGGAAAGGUAUCAGAGAAAGACAUUAUGCAGAUCUGUGACAAAUUUGAUAGGCUAGACACUGGAAACUGUGGAAAGAUAACUCUUGCUGAUCUUAUGGAGAACCAUCAUUGAUAUAAAAGACUCUUGGUAAGAUUCUUAUUAUAAUGCUACAGAAAGGCAGAAGAAAAUCCACGUUGUUAUUGUAAGUUGAUGAAGGUGCUACUAUGUAUUCAAGUACCAUAAGGUAAUCUAUGAACUUGAUUUCCUUAUCAGUUGUUCCUCAUUUGUAUUUAAAUUCUGAUCUUCCAAUUGAAUAGCUAUAUCAUUUUUUUUACUAGUGGGAGUUCUAGGUAUCGAUUUGAGUUUGUUCAACAAGAACAGUGGAUGAAGCGUGAUUAAUACGAGUGCAUCACAAACACCAUCUUUCAUGGUUUUAUUGCUCACUCAAUUGUACAAAUCGGUUAGAGACAGUGAUGGUCACUGCAUCUUCGAACUUGCCCUUGCCCUUGCCCAUCAUGAUGUGCGGUAGAUCAGGGGUUUUGACAUGUGGAACAAUUUUUCUGCCUGAAGCUAUUUUCAACUUUGUACAAAGUUAUGUUAGGAGUACUUUUUCAAAGGUCUGUAUUUAUUCUUUGCGAAAACCUGAUGAUAAAAGAUUAUGAUCAAUCAUUAUAAAGUUUAUUAUUGGUUC